AUGGGAAUAUUAUCACUAAUCACAGGGAGAAGAGGACCAAGUGGGUUUGGUUCUGCUUCAACAGCUGAAGAAGUUACUCAAGGAAUUGAUGCAUCUCAUCUCACUGCAAUCAUCACAGGAGGGACAGGAGGAAUAGGUAUGGAGACAGCGAGGGUAAUGGCAAAGAGAGGUGUUCAUGUUGUGAUUGGUGCACGAAACAUGGGAGCUGCAGAAAACGCCAAAACUGAGAUUCUACGACAAAACGCAAACGCACGUGUUACUCUUCUUCACUUGGAUCUCUCUUCUUUCAAAUCCAUCAAAGCUUUUGUUCGUGACUUUCAAGCCCUCAAGCUUCCUCUCAAUAUCCUCAUAAACAAUGCUGGAGUAAUGUUCUGUCCAUACCAACUCUCUGAAGAUGGAAUCGAAUUGCAGUUUGCUACAAAUCACAUUGGUCAUUUUCUGUUGACAAACUUGCUCUUGGACACAAUGAAGAACACAGCUAAAACCAGUGGUGUUGAAGGAAGGAUUUUGAAUUUAUCAUCUGUAGCUCAUAUCUAUACUUACCAAGACGGAAUCCAAUUCGACAGCAUCAAUGACAUUUGCAGUUACUCGGAUAAAAGAGCUUACGGACAAUCGAAACUAGCCAAUAUAUUGCACGCGAAUGAGCUCUCCCGUCAACUUCAGGAAGAAGGAGUGAACAUAACAGCGAACUCUGUUCACCCCGGUCUCAUCCUCACCAAUCUCUUCCAACACACUGCUCUUUUAAUGAGGUUUUUGAAGUUCUUCAGCUUCUACUUGUGGAAAAACAUAUCUCAGGGAGCAGCUACAACAUGUUAUGUUGCUCUGCAACCAAGUCUGAAAGGAGUAACAGGAAAGUAUUUUGCAGAUUGCAAUGAAGUCACUCCAAGCAAACUUGCUAGAGAUGAGACAUUGGCACAAAAACUCUGGGAUUUCAGCGUUAAGCUCAUCAAGUCGGUUUCUAAAAAGAACUACCUGGGUUUCGAGGACACCAGUUAA